CCGACGACUCAUCAAGCCUUGAACGAGCGCCCCAGCAAAUACAACACGCACUUACUCGGUCUAGGGAUAUAGUUUCCUUUCUCACCAAGAUUCCCACGGGAUCUGCUUAAAGUAUCAAUUGAAACCAUAACGCUCCUCUGAAGCACGCCGUAACCCCGCCAUGGCUGACUCGGUCGUCGCCAUCCAGGACGAGAUCGCCCUCCUGGAGAAGAACCUCGCCGAGUUGCAAGACCAGUUGAAAGAUGCAAAGUCCCGGUUACAAAAGGCCCAGUCGGAGGAGGUGGCGCAAUCAGGACAACAAGAAAUGAGCAAGGAGGACCGUCUUGCGCUGAUCAAGGUGAACCUGAAGGAGGUGCUCAAUCCCGAAAUUAUGGACGCUGUUCUCGACAAGGGAGAGAGUCUGAAGGUGUAUUGGGGCACUGCAACAACCGGCAGACCCCAUUGCGGAUACUUUGUACCCGUUCUCAAGAUUGCCCAAUUCCUGCGCGCCGGUUGCCACGUCAAGAUUCUACUCGCAGAUAUUCACGGCUUUCUCGACAACCUCAAAGCGCCCAUCGAGUUGGUCAAGUUCCGCGCCGAAUACUACCGCUAUGUUAUCACCGCGCUGCUCAAGGCCGUCAACGUCCCCAUCAACAAGCUCCAAUUCGUACUGGGCUCAUCCUACGAACUCGCUCCCGAUUACAUGAUGGAUCUGCUGCGGCUGGCCAGUAUAACGAGCGAGCACGACUCGAAGAGGGCAGGUGCUGAGGUUGUCAAGCAGACGGAGAAUGCGCCACUCAGUGGGCUCAUCUACCCGCUUAUGCAGGCGCUAGAUGAGCAGUACUUGGACGUAGAUGUGCAGUUUGGUGGACUAGACCAGCGCAAGAUCUUCGCGCUCGCGAAGGAUGUGCUUCCCAAGAUUGGCUACAAGGAGCGUGCACACUUGAUGAACCCCAUGGUACCCGGUCUCCAGGGUGGCAAGAUGAGCGCAAGCGACCCCGACUCUAAGAUUGAUGUUCUAGACACGCCCGAUGCUGUGCGCAAGAAGCUCAAGAAGGCAUUCGCGCCCCCGAAGCAGGUCGAGGAGAACGGCGUACUCAGCUUCGUCGAGUACGUGCUGCUGCCCGCUGGCGAGCUGCGACAUGGAACACCCAAAUUUGUCGUCGAGCGGAGAGAGGGCGAACCGCUGGUUUACACCGAUAUCGAGAAGAUGCAGGAAGACUACAGAAACGACAUUCUCACACCACAAAUGCUCAAGCCUGCCGUCACUGAAGCUCUCAUCCAGCUGCUUGCCCCCGUACAAGAAGCCUUCCAGGCCGACAGCAAGUGGAAAGACAUCGAGCAGAAGGCCUACCCGCCGCCGCCUCCCGAGAAGAAGAAGGAAAAGAAAAAGAAGGACAAGGGCACUGGAUACCCUGGUGCGAAGAAGGUGGAGGCCAAGGCGGACGGCCAUGUCGAGGGCGUAGACAAGGCAACGGUUGACGUUGGCGCUGAUGGUGGGGCGCAAGCGAUUGAGCAGUUGAAGUUGGAGGACAACUGAGGUAUGCUAUGAAGACGCGCCCUAAGGCGCUGUCGUAAAAUUUUGCAGCCUUUUUGACUCCGAACCUCUUUGAAGUCCAACAUUAGCCCCGUUUAACUUUUAACGUCGGCGUACCUGGGUAUUGAGGCAUGUUGCAGGCAGAAGCAACCUCGCUUCAAGGGAUUCUAGAACAAGGUGGCUCAAAAGCUCACAUUACAUCACACUUGAUUGAUUGCCAUGCCCGUGAUAACUACAGAUCAUGCCUUACUUUCAUGGCUUUGUAGAUUAUCAGUAUCUUGCUAUAGAUAGGAGUG